CUGACUGUGUUAGUGACUGCUUCACUUAGCUGUGUGUUAGGGACUUGUAGGGUCUUUGGGAAGUGUUUAUUCUCCAAACUGUCGAUUUACACCGACACUCCUCCAACUAUUCAACAAACAAACAGCUCAUGACAGCAACGCAGCGUUCAUUCAGCUAGCUAGAGACCCACAUGACAGCCUGGAGCAGCUAGCUAGCCUAGCAGCUAAGCUAGCAGGAGUGCCUGGAAAUAAGUGAGGUGAGGACCAGUGUCAGCAACCAUGGCAGGUGGAAUUACAGAGAGCGGGGAACCCUACUCCCCUUUUGUGGGGCUGGUGUACAUGUUCAAUCUGAUCGUGGGGACGGGAGCUCUGACGAUGCCCAAAGCCUUCGCCUCUGCCGGUUGGGUCGUCAGCGUGUCACUCAUCUCCUUUUUAGGGUUCAUGAGCUACAUGACCACCACGUUUGUGAUCGAGGCGAUGGCGGCGGCGAACACUCAGCUGCGCUGGAAGAGGAGAAAGCAGGAAGAGGUCGACGACAGCGACUCCACCUCAGAGUACUCAGACGACGACGCCGUGGUCCGAGGUCGAUCGGAGCCGGAGACGAAGCCCAUCCUGUCUGUUCAGAGGUCGGGAGGUCACGUGGACCACUUCGACAUCGUGGAGCGGGUGGAGAUGGGUCAGAUGGCCUCCAUGUUCUUCAACAAAGUUGGCGUCAACAUGUUCUACAUCUGCAUCAUAGUCUAUCUGUAUGGAGACUUGGCCAUCUACGCAGCAGCUGUGCCCAUAUCACUGAUGGAAGUCGCCUGUGGAAACCACUCCUGCAGCGCCGGAAGUGUGAAGUACAACGACACUGAUCUGUGCUGGGGCUCUGUGACGAGGAAAGACGCGUACCGGGUGUUUCUGAGCGUCUUCACUCUCAUGUUGGGGCCUUUCACCUUCUUCAAUGCCCAGAAGACCAAAUAUCUCCAGAUUCUCACCUCCGUCAUGCGCUGGAUCGCGUUCACCAUGAUGAUCGUCUUGGCUCUUAUCCGCAUCAGUAAAGGCGCCGGCGAGGGUCGCCCGCCAGUCGCCUCCUUCUCCGGCGUUCCCAACCUGUUCGGGGUGUGCGUCUACUCCUUCAUGUGCCAGCACUCCCUUCCCUCCCUGGUGACGCCCAUCUCAGACAAGAAGCGCGUCGGCACGCUGGUGCUGGCGGACUACGUCCUGAUCCUGGGCUUCUACGUCCUCCUCUCCAUGUCCGCCAUCUUCUGCUUCGACAGCUCGCUGCUACACGACAUGUACACGCUGAACUUCACGGACAACUGCCACGUGCUGGACAUCCCCUUCCUGCGCUACUUCCUGGGCCUCUUCCCGGUAUUCACCAUCAGCACCAACUUCCCCAUCAUCGCCGUCACGCUUCGCAACAACUGGAAGACCCUGUUCCACCGGGACGGGGGCACCUACCCGUGGGUGGUGGACCGGGUGGUGUUCCCGCUCAUCACCCUGGUGCCGCCGAUCGUGGUGGCCUUCUGCACCCACAACUUGGAGUCCCUUGUGGGCAUCACAGGGUCCUAUGCCGGCACGGGGAUCCAGUACAUAGUCCCGGCCUGCCUCGUGUUCUACGCUCGCCGCAAUCUGGAGCCCGUGGUGGGAAGGGACGCCGUCAACAAGCACCGCUCUCCCUUCCGCCACGCCUUCUGGGUGUGGUUCGUUUUGGUGUGGGCGGCCUCCUGCCUCAUGUUCGUCACAGCCAACAUCAUCCUGACGGACGUCAAGAAAUGAGAAAUCCAAGAACUUUCUAAAAAUAUAAAUAUAUAAAUAUCUGUUUGGCCAGUCUCUUAAACGUCUACACGAGGCCUUACUCGCUGCUGGUGGGACAGCGUGCCUUUUUAUGGGACUUUUGUUGCAUAUAUGAUAUGUAAUUAAGAGUAAUUUAUCUAAUUUGUUAAAAGGGACCAAAUGUUUUUGUUCCAUCCAAAGAAAGAUGGAACAUUGCAUGAACUGACAACGAUGAGAGGAGAACGAAAAAGGGUAAUUUAUUAAUAAGACGUUUUGUCACACACAAAGAUUUGCACAAAAAGUACUUUUUAGAAAUAUAUAUAUAUCUUGAAGAGUUCAGUGGGUUUCGAACCGAAGAGGACGUAAUGUUAGGUUGCUUGUUGGAUUAUUAGUUUAGAAUUUGUCUGUUGUUUCCGAUCUUGGCGAGGCUCAGAGGCAGGCGAUGUCGGACGCUGUUCGACGGUCCAACAAACACUUUGUUUGACUUUAGAGUUCUGCUGUUUGUCCAUCCUGAACUUCUUUAUCCUUAGAAACUAUGGAAAAAAAGAUGUUUGGACGCUGGAGAGAAUGUUCCAAUAAAGAUAUAUUCGAAA